AUGGAGCAAACCGAGGGCGUCGUAACAAAGCGCGGCGCCUGGCCCGACGCCCGCGGCCGCUGGUUCCUCGAGAUCGACGGCCGCGUUGUCAUAAUAGCGGACGAGUGCGCCGCGACGCUUGGCGACCGCGUGACGUGCCGCGGACUCACGCGCGCAGCCGUGGAGAACGCCACGCGACCGUGCUACCGCGCGCGAAAGAGGACAUCCACCAUCACAAUUGAAGAGGCGAACGACGCGCCGUGCCGGCUCCGAGGACAGGUCGCGGGCGUCUCGCAAACGAGGGGCUGCUUUUGGUUGCAAGGCGGCCAGCACGUCCUCGCCGGCCGAUUCGCCCUGCCGGCGGUCGGUCAAAUCGUGGAGCUGCGUGGCUGCGAAGUCACGGCCGCGAGCAACUACGUCGCCGGCGCGACGGCGUUCAUGCGAGCCGACGGCGACGAGCUCCCCAAGACCAAUCUGGAGGCGAAGCUGCGCGGCGGCGCGUCCGAGGCCGACUACCGCGCGCUGGAGACUGUGGCACGGCGCGAGCUUGGGGAUGUGGGUUCUCACGAGCUUGGGAGACUAUUGCAAGGCGUCGUGUCAAAGCGAGGGCUCAAACGGUCGGCGCAUGACGACCUGCUCGCGGCCUUCUUCCCGUCACGGCGGGACGACGACGAGGCGCCUCUGAAGGCCGCAUUACUCGAAGACGCGCGCCCGGGCCGCGUCGACGCCGUCGUCUUCGGGACCGUCGCGCGUCGAGACGGCGUCGCCGUGUUACGAGGCAGAACCACCUCGGUGCUACUAAAAGCACAUUCGGAAGCCUACGAGCUGCCUCUCAAUGCGUCUGUGGCCAUUGAUGGCUGCGGCCUGCGGAAGCGACCGCGCGACCAGUCUCAUCAGAUACUCGUGGCGGCCCGGCAUAGAAUCAUCUGCGUAGGUGACGGUGUGCCGAUUACGAUAGAAGCGCUGGACGACGCGGUCUCUGCGUCGCUCUUCGGCGAGGUCCUCGACGUGCGCCGCGUUGCCUCAGAUGGCGUCCUAUUACUCGUCGACGACGUGGACCGGGGGCCCGUUCUCGUAAAGGCGCCCUCGGAAGAUUUAGUGGAGGGCGCCUGGGCCGCGCCGGCCUUCUGCGACGCGUACCCGUGGGUGAGCGGAGGCGGUGAUGGCGGCGCCGAUCCGCGAGCGCUCCUUGGUUGUUUCGUGUCUUGUGGAGACGUCGUGUUCAUGGACGACGAAGAAGAUGUAGUAGAGACGGUGCGCGUCGUCGGCGCGGCGCUGGUCGCCGUCUCUCGGGUGAGACCGCGGCGGUGUCGAGCGGCUCGUAUUAUAGAAGGAGACGCUCUGCAGUACGCUUCCAGUCGAUUGCGCACGCCGCCGGCGCCCUGCUCGACCUACCGCGUAUGUGUCGAGGCCGCCAGGGAUUUACAGGAGGGCGAGGAGGUUUGCGUCUGCGGACGGGCGGCGUUUUCCGGCCCGAACGGCUACGCCUUCGUCGAAGAAAUGAAAGCCCUCCCCCUCCAAGGCCAGCACGGCGCCGAAGUGUUAAGGAGCCAGCUCGCGCAAGUGAGGCGGUGCCCGCUCUGCGCGGCGAUCGACCUGGGUCGUCUGGCGACGAUCGGGGCGGACGCGCAACGGAAAGGCUCUUUGAAAGUUGUGGAGCGGUCCUUCGUGCUCGAUGACGGGACGGCGUCAAUGCGAUGCGAGUGGCGGUGCUGCGGGUGUGCGAGUCGUGACUAUCCUGGAGAGUCGUCAAGGAUGGACGGACGGCUCGCCGUCGUCCGCGGCUCGGUGGGAAGCGACUACCGGGGCUUCACCUUCAUUCAUGUCGCGUCCCUGCGGCUCGCUUCUGAAGAAGAAGCGCCUCUUUGGACGCUGCUGACGCCCCGCGUCGCCGACGGGUGGGACGGUUAG